GCGGCCGCGGCGGAGCAGGCGGCGCUGCGCGGCGCGGCCGAGGCGCGCGCGGCGGCGCUCGAGGCAGAGUUGCGGGAGCUGCGGGGCGUGCUGCUCGGCCGCGCCCGCGCCGGCGCGGGCGCCGCGGCGGCCUCAGCCGAGGGGCUUGGCGGCGGCGGCGCGAUUGGCGCUGUGAGCUAUCGGCGCCCGCCGCUGCCGUUGCUUGAGCUGGGUGCGUUGGAGGAGCUGCAGCCGUAUGAGGACGACGAGGGGACGCAGGAGCUCGAGCACCACCUGCUGCUGCAGCAACCGCUGCAGCCGCAGCUGCAGCAGCUUGGGCAGCAGCCGCAGCAGCAGCAGCAGCAGCAGCAGGAGGAGGAGCAAACCAAACAGCAGGCGGAGCAGCAGGAGAAGGAGCAGGAGCAGCAUCAGCAGCAAGAGCGGCAGCAGCAGCAGCAGCAGCAGCAGCAGCAGCAGCAGCAGCUGCAGCAGCAGCAGGAUAACCAGUCGGCUGAGCAAGAGGAGCAGGCUCAGCAGCAGCAGCAGCUGCAGCUCGAGCCGCAGCAUACUGAGCAGCAUUGCGAACAGCAGCAGCAUGAGCAGCCGCAAGAGCAGCAGCUGCAGCAGAACCAAGAGCCAAAGGUGCAGCAGCACGGGGAGGGGUCCAGCCCUGAGCCGCACAGCCGACCCAGCCCUGUCUUCAAGGGCCAAGCACCAUCCCCGCUGGCGGGCAGCGCGUCAAUCACGGCCACUGCUUGCGACGCCUGCGCACCUGGAGCGCCCGUCGCGCGCCGUUUCCUGGGUUCGUGCGAGGCUGCACGCGGCGCGGACUUGCCCGCAGCACAGCCCGCCACGGCCCGCAGCCGCUCGGCCCCGCCGCCGCGCGUUUCCGGCGGCGGCGGCGCCGCCGGCGCGCGCGACAACACCGCAAGCGAGCGGAGUGAGCGCGGCGCCGCCCAGAAGACAGCGAGCAACGACCCAGGAGAAGGGGCGGAGGUGGCGGAGGCCCCUCCCGCCGCCGCUGGCGCCGGCGCCGGCCCGUUGGUUGACGUGGCGGCCGCGUGGCACCUAUUCUGCGACAACCGCACCCUGGCGUGGGAGUGCUUCCACCUGCAGGCUCUGCUGGUGCGCGAGCGGCUGCUGGCGAAGGGCAGCGCGCAGGCCGCGGCGCUGCAGCUCGCGGCGCAGUGCGUGCAGCUGCAGCAGCGGCUGCAGGACGCGCGCGCGGAGCUGCAGGUGUUGAGGGCCGCGCGCGCCGGCCCCGACGCCGGCGUGUGCGGGCGUGAUGGCGGCGGGGGCGGCGGCGGCGGCGGCGAGGACCGGGCUGUCGGUUGCCUGGCCCCUGGGUGGGGCAAUAUUGAGGUGGGCGUGCGGGCUGGCGGCGCGGCCCCCGCGUGCGGCGGCGAGCUGGUGGCGGUGUCGGCGCUGCGGGGGUCCGUGUGGGCGCUGCUGGAAGAGGGGCGCUGCGAGACUGAGGCGGUGCUCAGUGCAUUGGCGCGAUGCCAGGAGCAGGUCGCGGCUCAGUACGACGACGCGUGCUGGGCCGAGGGCGUGCAGGCGCAGCUCGACCGCAUCCGCGCGGCCGACGGCCCCGACGAGCUGCGCGCCGCGGUCGCGGCCCUGCAGCAGGACGCAGGGGCCGGCCGCCCGCACCGCCGGCCGGCGGCGGCGGGCUCCGAGGCGCUCGUGCCUGCGGACGCGGAUGCGGGGCCGGGCGCGGCCGCGGCGGAGCCGUUUGCGCCGCCGCCCCCUGCUGAGGCCCGGCCCUCGAGGGCAAAGGGCUUUGUAACCACGCCCUCCGGCCACGUCACCCCCCUGGCCUCGCGGCGCGCCACCGCGCUGCUCGUCGCCCAGGCCGGCCGGAGCUCGACGGGCAGCUGCCUGGCGGCCGCCGCCGGCGACCUCGCCGCCGCCGCGGCGGGGCGGCGGCAGACGGGCGGUGCGGGCGAGGCCGGGGCGGCGGCGGGGGCGGGGCGCCCGUGGCUGACGGAUGCACAGAAGGCAGCGGCCGCGCUGCUGGCAGCACCAGAGGCGGGGCCUACCCCCAGCACCCGCGCUUCGCUAUCUGUGCACAGCAGCUUCACCCGCGGCGGCGGCCGCCAUGCUGUCGCCGACACGCCCGCCCCCGCGUACUCGGAUACGUCCGCCGCCGCCGCCGCCGCCGCGGUUGUCCCACUGCCGCUGUCGCCUGCGCGCGCGGAGCCGCUGGCGCACCCCCUACAAUUGGAGUGCAGCGAGCUCCCAGAUGAUGACGAGGACGACUCAGCGCACCACAACCACCGCCACCUCGCCUUCCAAGACCAUACAAACGACGCCGUCAGCUGCCCGGACAGCAGCUUCCGCCAGCUUCCCGGCGCUGAUCAGCAGCAGCUCCAGACCGGACAGCCUCGUCAUUUGGAUUGCCAGGGCCGGCCAGAGGGUGUCGAGGGAAUCGACGGCGCCGCCUGCAUCGGCGACUGGCAGACGACCCUGGAGCAGCAGCAGGGCGCGUUUGGCGCCAGCCGCCGCCAGACGCAGGGCGCGGCGCCCGGCGGGCCCGGCGCCCUGCGCACGACGACCGACGGCGGCGCGAGCGUGGGCGCCGCCGCGCUGGAGCUGAUCUCAGACCUGCAA